CGUCGUCCGUUGCAGUCCACAGCAGCUGGCGCGCCUCCACAAACGGACCCGAGCUUAUUUGAACGUCGCCCGUGCAGCCACCAGCGACCCAGUGUGGAAUCUGAUACAGCGUCUGCGAUGGGACAGCAGCGAGGCAGACGAGUGGACACACACGGCUUUGCGCAAGUGUGGCAUAUCUCGCGACGACUACUUGCAGUGGAAGCCGGCUGUCUUCUCCCCGUCACUCAGGAUUGCACUAGACAUACUCAGUGUCAGGAGUACGGUCCUGCGAUCGACGUCAGACGAUAAUUCACAGGUGCCUCCAUGGGUCCUCUUGGCACUAGCAUGCCACAAGGUCCAUACACCUUCGGACGCACAGGAUCACCUGUUGAAACUGACGUUCGGCAACAUAGGCGCCAUCCACACCCAGUACAAACCUCCCCUUCUCGUACUUACUACCCUUUCCCUCGCGCACUUCGGAAUAAUCGCUCCCAUGCGACCCCUAGUAGAUUUGUUCUUGGUCCAUACAUCAGAGUCCUCUGUAUUCCAUUUCAACGCGUUCCUCCACGCGCUCUCUUCUUUUGCCAGGUCGGAAGAGGCCGCCAAUCUGGCAUUGACGAUUCUCGAGACCAUGACCUCUCGCCAAAUUCCCCUCCAGCUUCACACCUACCGCUCCCUUAUGACCGACCGUUUUGUCACCCUUCAGCUCACGAAAUACCUACGCACCCGCAUGACUCACGAGGGCGUCGUCCCCACAGCAGACCACCUUGAGGCCUAUCUUAGGAUCUUCUCAGACCACGGUGCCAUCCACGAGGCACGUCAAUACUUGAGAGCCAUCCAGGAUUAUUGUGUAAAACAUUCUUUGACUCCCCCUUAUGGUCCCGUCGAUAGGCCAGACGUGCAGACACAAGGUGCCGUGCAUCCAGCCGAUACCCUCUACCUGAAAUCAUUGCAGAGCGAUCGUGCCUCUGCAUUCCACUACCUGCACAACCUGCUCCAACUGGAGGGCAGAAAACAACCCCUGCAGGGUCAGUCUAUAUGCACUCACGCUCGCCAUCCUCCGGCGCAGACGACUUUCUGGUGCAGCAGAAAGCAUUCAGUUGACAUCUACGACUGGACCACCGCACUAGUCUCUGCCGCGAAUGAUCGGAAAAUCACAUCGUCGGCCCUGCUACGUUUGUUUGAGAAUGCACGUGCAAAGACAAAAGUCUUCCGACCGACCGUUGCGACGUAUACCGUCCUUCUUCGCGGACUCAUGUGGCGGCGGUCGUACAACGAAGCUCUGCGCAUAUGGAACGAGCUAGUCGACAGUGGACUGUCGCUAGACAGAAAGGCAUUGACCGCCGGUGUCCAGGUACUGACUCGUUCUGGGUAUCCACAGGACGCAUUCUACUUUCUGGACCUAUUUUCUGACGAACAGUCCUCGCACUCGAGGCCCGCUCGUGCUCCAUCGCAAUCACUAGUACUGACCGUGAGCGACCCUUCCCUUGGUACACGUACCCCCUUAUCGCGACCGCCGUCCCCUUGGAUCAAUAUCAUCGUGAUCAACGAAUUUUUGGUUUCUCUGCUCCGCAUUGGGAGGCCAGAUAUCGUCUUUAAGAUCUGGGACAACAUAACGCUCCUGUACGGUGUUCUCCCGGACGAUGUCACGAUGAACAUUCUUCUCAAAAGCGCGCUGCUUGCUGUGAAGAUGGACAGGGAAAGCGUAAGAGGUUCCGUGGCACACUUCGCUUUGCAGACACCCUUUCGUCGUCAAUGGGCCACGUCGUCAUCGGUGCACGAAGACGGUGGGAACGAUAAACGGGCCAUGAUAGUGAAAGAUAUCAUGGAUUCUUUAGGAACACCUGAGCGUCCGUCGGUCCUCGGGAUAUGGAGGGGUAAAACUGCCACCGACGUGGCCCGCGAUAUCUUCAGGGGCAUGAUCCUUGGAAAUUGGCCCCAGAUGCAACGUGUCAAGGCACCUGUCAGUGCCAUUCGUCCGCCUGGCAACGAAGGCGCACCCAUCGCACCGAUUUUGGAGCUGGCGAAGAGUCUUGUCGUCGGUCUAUCUCACAAGGCCGCCGUGAACACUCCUCAGGAGGAGAAAGCAGCAGGUGAUAGCGGGAGAAAUAAUACCAUUCGCGACCCCGCAUAUCAAGCUGAGGGUAUGCUGGGACCGGGGGCUAUUCCGUCUAUCCACCCGUCCUCGUCGACGUUUUUGGCGUAUAUCAAACUCCUCGGACUUUCCUCUCCCUCAUACGCACACGAGAUACCACUGGCCCUAGCGUGGAUGCGCCACCUAUCUGUCCGCCCGACUCGUCAGAUGCUUUCUAUAGCAUUGGUAUUUUGGGCCGAAGUAGGGCUGCGCGGACCAAUAUUUGAAGAGUGGGCUGAGAAGGGGGGAUAUAGCGAGUAUGGACGGUUGGAGAACUGGAUUGAGGAUUGGGUUAGGGAGGAGGGGUUGUCGAAGGAGGGUGACGAAGCCUUACGGCCGACGGAGGAGGACAUGUACAAAGCAAUAUGGGCUGUUGCGAGGAUGAGGGAUAGGAACUUUGGGAGGAGCACCCGAUAACAGGUGUUCUCGAAGUGCACCGACCCGACUUACAAUAUUUUAGUGCUCGUAGUGACCUUCGAUGUAUCCGUAACGGACGGUCGAACCCCUUGAAGUCACACCAAUCAACUUCAUUCUGGAAAUGUAUCCAGUGCAACAUUGCGAGGACCGACGCAGUUCAUUAUGAUACAGAGACGUU